GCAACCCUCACUUAGAUUCAGGGACUUGCCAGAGUGCUACCUGAAGUUAUUUUUGAAAACAUGGUCUGGAGUUUCAUGGCCAACUUUGCAUGCUCCAUCUUGUGAGUUAUCAGAAAUUUUGUUACAUAUUACUAUCCCUUGACUACCUUAGGAAUGUGUUUCUAAAAUAACCCAUUUAAGGUCAGUCAAAAUAAGUCAUUAUCAGGAGGGGGUAUUUUCUGGAAUGACUCGAGAGUGUAGGAUAAGACAGGAUGAAAAUAUGCAUCAAGAUGACUUGAAGUCAUGUUCAGUUGACUGGAUAUCACCAGUGAGUUGAUUUAAGGGAACUUUAUCUGACCUGCUAGGCUUCCAUUUGGGAGCUAUGUAGAGUUCAUUUGCAUUUAAGGGAACUUUAUCUGACCUGCUAGGCUUCCAUUUGGGAGCUAUGUAGAGUUCAUUUGCAUGAAGUACUCCUCAGAUCACAAUGAAGGGGAUUUGGGAGUUUUGCUUUGUCUCCAUUAUGAGUGUAGCUGGUUUGAAAUGUGAGCACACUGCUUAAGUUUGAAAUGUUUUAAGUGUUUUUACUAUAAAGUAUUACCUUAUUGUGAGGAAUAGCAACAAGGGUAUAUGUGUAAGGAAUAUGCCCAUAGAAGAGUAUACUGGAAAACAAAAUCUCCUACCUACUCAAGAGACUCAGAAUCACAAUGAGCCUUUUGGUGUGCUUGUUUUUUGUUACAGGUUAAACUCAUUAAGUUAGUUUUUAAGAACAUAGCAUUUCAUCAAGUCUAUCACUUCCCUUAUGCAUGCCUCUAUGAGAAUACUUUUCUCACUGUUACCUCAUUACUAAACUUUCUUAAGUCUCUCAGAUUAGAAUGUUAAGGUUACAAGCAGUGGAAAAGUGUCUAAUUCAGACAGUAAUUUAAUUUUGACAACAUAGGCUCCAUCUGAGAUUCAAGUUCUGAUACAUCAAUAAAUACUACAAGGUCCUAGGUAUCAGUCCUUUUCCUAGACCACCAAGUCUACAAUUUAACAUUGGAGGGUGUACCCAAUAAAUAUUGGUUGCUUGAAUAAAUUAAUGAAUGGGUGUAUGUGAAAUUGUGUUUAUAUCUCCCCCCAACAAUUCACUGAGUCUCUCUCUAACAAAUGCCCUGUUUGGGCUAGACAAUAGGAAUGUAAAUAGCUCAAUUUUAUGCUAUGCAUACCCCCUGGGAAGCUACACCUGCAGAGAGCCAGGCCAACCUUCCUUCGCUGGUAGAUGUGACUCCUCUGUGGGAACCAACUUUUCCAGGCUCUCAUCUGCUUAUAUUAGAGACAGAGAAGGGACUGCUGUUCUACCAGUUCUGUUCCUGAACUCUUGAAAGGACUCCAGAAAGGCCAGCCUCUGCCCUAGCUCCCCAGAAGCCUCCCUCCAUCCCUGCUUCAUUUCAACGUGUGCCUGCCCAGAGGCAGUAGAGGAGAUUCCUCAACGGAGAAAAAGUAGUGGGAAAAGGGGUACUGCUCCCUUAGGAUCAGAUAAAGUCUCUGCCACCACAGCAGCUGGGCCAACUGGAAACCUCAGAUAAGUCCAGUUCUGGCCAAAACUGGUUUGGCAGCUCUGGGGGAAUGUUUCUGGCUGACUGACCCUCACAGCAGGUGCUGGUAGUUUUGCAAAAAGAAAGAGAAAGGGGGAGGAGGAUGGUAAAGGCACUAAAAAGGCUGUCUAAAUUCAAAACACUAAACCUCGGUUCACUUGCAAGUUUACACUUGGGGGUUCACAUAAAAUUACUACCAGCCCACCAGCCUCAGUCCUUCCCUCACCCUCCCGUCCUUUGCAAAAUAGUUUCGUUGCAAUGCAGUUUGUUCUGCAGCGCGCUUGUUGAAAACUACUGAAUUCGGCCGAAAGCGACUUUCAGCUGUGUUUUCUCACCCUGCAAUGCUACUGUUAUUAUUAAGGCGAUUGAAUCUCCGCUCUUUCCCCUCCUUACUGCAAUCGCACUCCGGCUGUGAUUGCUCGGGUCUGACUUCGCAAGUGGCGGUGCGCUUCCAAACCCCCUCAUCCGCCCCUCGCCCGGCUCUCCCCACUCCCUCCUUUUCCGCGCCCAGGCGAAAGCAGCCGAUUGGCAGAGCGGGGUUUUCGGGAACAAUAACAGUGGGGGGAGCCGGGGCCCCGGGGAGCCUCCCCGCCCCCGGCCCGGCUGCGGCUCACGCCCCCCGCGGGGUCCCCACCUCCGCGCCGCCCCGCGGGCUGACCGGCGCCCGGGCCCGCCCCCGGCGCCCACCAUGUACGCCUUUGUGCGGUUCCUGGAGGACAACGUCUGCUACGCGCUGCCCGUGUCGUGCGUGCGCGACUUCAGCCCCCGCUCGCGACUGGAUUUUGACAACCAGAAGGUGUACGCAGUGUACCGGGGCCCGGAGGAGCUGGGCGCCGAGCCCGAGAGCCCCCCGCGUGUCCCCCGGGACUGGGGCACGCUGUUGCUCCACAAGGCCCAGAUCCUGGCUCUGGCAGAAGACAAAUCUGACCUUGAGAACAGUGUGAUGCAGAAGAAAAUAAAAAUCCCCAAACUUUCUCUCAGUCAUGUAGAAGACGAUGGGGAGGCUAAAGACUAUGGGGAAGAAGAUUUACAGCUUCGACACAUCAAGAGACCGGAGGGGCGGAAGCCUAGUGAAGCGGCCCACAAGAGUAUCGAGGCAGUGGUGGCCCGGCUAGAGAGACAGAACGGCCUGAGCCUGGGUCACAGCACUUGUCCCGAAGAGGUUUUUGUGGAGGCCUCACCGGGAACAGAGGACAUGGACAGCCUGGAGGAUGCUGUUGUGCCCCGGGCUCUGUAUGAAGAGCUGCUGCGAAACUACCAGCAGCAGCAGGAGGAGAUGCGCCACCUCCAGCAGGAGCUGGAGCGGACUCGGAGGCAGCUGGUACAGCAGGCCAAGAAGCUCAAGGAGUACGGGGCGCUGGUGUCUGAAAUGAAGGAGCUCCGCGACCUCAACAGGAGACUCCAAGAUGUGCUGCUCCUGCGGCUUGGCAGCGGUCCCGCCAUUGACUUGGAAAAAGUAAAGUCAGAAUGUCUCGAGCCCGAGCCGGAGUUACGGAGCACUUUCAGUGAGGAAGCAAAUACGUCGUCCUAUUACCCCGCUCCUGCGCCUGUCAUGGACAAGUAUAUCCUAGACAAUGGCAAGGUUCAUCUGGGAAGCGGGAUUUGGGUUGAUGAGGAGAAAUGGCACCAGCUACAAGUAACCCAAGGCGAUUCUAAGUACACGAAGAACUUGGCAGUCAUGAUCUGGGGAACAGAUGUUCUGAAAAACAGAAGCGUCACAGGAGUCGCCACAAAAAAAAAGAAGGAUGCAAUCCCGAAGCCACCCCUCUCUCCUCACAAGCUCAGCAUCGUCAGAGAAAAUCUCCGAGAAGGGACAGAAAAGAAGGUGAUAUUCAUCACAGGACGAGUCCACCCAGGGGAAACACCAUCUUCGUUUGUGUGCCAAGGGAUCAUUGACUUCCUUGUCAGUCAGCAUCCAAUUGCCCGUGUCCUACGAGAACACUUGGUCUUCAAGAUUGCACCAAUGCUCAACCCUGAUGGAGUCUACCUGGGCAACUACAGAUGCUCCCUGAUGGGGUUUGACCUGAAUCGUCACUGGUUGGAUCCUUCUCCAUGGGCCCAUCCCACCCUGCAUGGAGUGAAGCAACUCAUCAUCAAGAUGUACAACGACCCAAAAACCAGUCUGGAGUUCUAUAUUGACAUCCACGCCCACUCCACCAUGAUGAAUGGCUUCAUGUAUGGCAAUAUCUUUGAGGAUGAGGAACGGUUCCAAAGGCAGUCCAUUUUUCCAAAGCUCCUUUGCCAGAAUGCAGAGGACUUCUCCUAUACUAGCACAUCCUUCAAUCGGGAUGCUGUGAAAGCAGGAACUGGCCGUCGCUUCCUUGGUGGGCUCCUGGAUCACACUUCAUAUUGCUAUACCCUAGAGGUUUCCUUCUACAGCUACAUCAUUGGGGGCACGACAGCCGCUGUGCCCUACACUGAAGAAGCCUAUAUGAAGCUGGGGAGAAAUGUGGCAAGAACAUUUCUAGAUUAUUACCGCCUGAAUCCCUUGGUUGAUAGGAUGACGGUCCCCAUGCCAAGGCUUCGAUCUAAGGAGGAAAGAAGACUGGGAUGUGAGCAUCCGUCUUAUCUGAGAGCUGAACAGCAGCUGGAAGUGCUGGGAGUUCCUGUGUGUGCUGGUAGAGCACUCACUGAGCAUCUGGGCAGUGACAUCCAGUGGCAUCUGUAAUGUGCUAGCACUGCUCUACCUAUGGGCUUCAUCUCCUGUUCCCCUAGUGGUCCAGGCUCCUGGAAUGACAUGGCAGUGUCCAACUCUCUACUCCUACCAGACCAUUCUUUCCACUGAUGUUCGCUAUAUUCUUUGUUGCCUCCGAAGCUUAGCACAAUGAAUCUUCCUCCAUCAUCUAUUAUUAAUAAUAAAAAUAUGUCAGUAUUGCCUAUUGCAUGAA